AGCCGCAGCAUAAAGUCCAGCGCAGCUCAGAGCUCGGAGCGGGUCCUGCCUCGCUCGACCCGGGCGAAGCUGUGGCUUGUAAACAGUUUUAGAAAAGCCAGAGUGGGAAAUUUAAAGCCGAAUAUUAACGUGAUAUCUGAGACAUGUCCCAGCCUGAGGAAGACGGCGGGUACUCAGAGGACGCUGCUCCUUUAUCCAUCCUCUCUAAUCUGAGAAUUUCUAAAGUUGAAGAGAACUGGAAAUUGGGUGAAGUCGAAGUCGUUGUUUUGCUUUGUGGUCAUGAAAUAUCACUGGACUACUUGAUUGCGUGGUGCAAGUACUGUCUUAAACAGAACAAAAACUGCUUCACCUGUCCCAGAUUUGACGAGGGCAAGAAACAAAUAUGUGGGGUGGGAUUUCCGUAUCAGGUGUUGUGUCAGAAAGCGAAACUAACUCUCGAACUAAAGGAACACUUUGAGGAAAGACUUGGGGCAUUAACUGCUGCAAAACUCUGUGAAUAUAAACCAUGUCCAGGAUGCCAGUCUUAUGUGGAGAGAGCAGAUAAGAAAAACUUGUGUGUUCGUUGUACCAUCUGCACCUCCAGGACAGGGUGCACAUAUGAGUUCUGCUGGAACUGCAGGAGGGAGUGGAAGGGGCCAGUCAUCACUGCUCUGACGUGUGCAAACGAUGGCUGUGGAAAGCAAGAGGUCAGUCCACUUAAUCCUCUUGUAUUAUGUCAGCCAGAGUUUAAAAGGGACAAACUCCAGAAAGAGAAAAAUGAUAUAUAUCCAAUGACCGACAAAAAUCCUGCCAGAAAGCGCCUUGCCCUGCUAAUCAACAACAUUGAGUUUCUGUAUUUGGAUGACAGAUUCGGGGCGGAGAAGGAUGAGCUUAGCAUGGAGAAGCUGUUUGAGGGUCUGGGUUACACUGUAGUAACACUAAGGAAUCUAUCUGCCAAGGGUAUGGACGACGCCAUGCGAGACUUCUCCCAGCGAGAAGAGCAUAAACUGUCAGACAGCUGCUUUGUGGUGUUCAUGUCCCAUGGAAGUGCCUCUGGAUUAAAUGGAAUUUUUAACCAAGAAAGUGAGGAUGUCUUCUCUACUAAUGAUAUCUUCAAGCACCUGAACACACUAAACUGCGCAGGAUUACGUGACAAGCCAAAAAUCAUCCUCAUCCAGUCAUGUAGAGGAGAAGACGAUGGUGAUGUGUAUGUACAAGACAGUGGAAAUCAACGUUUACAUACAGAACAUCGUGAGAAAGACUUCUGCUGCCUGAGAUCCUGUACUCCAGAUACUGUGUCCUACAGGAAUAUAGAGAAAGGGACUGUUUUCAUUCAGGACAUUGUGGAAAUAUUCAACCAGUAUGCCCACCAAGACCACAUUGAAGAGUUGUUUAGAAAGGUUCUCAAAAAAUUUAAAGAGACCCAUCGCAGACAAAUGCCAUGCAAAGAAAGAACAACACUCUCAAAGAGUUUCUACCUCUUUCCUGGGCUGUAGGUGACUUUGGACACAUACUCAUAGCAUAUUACUGUAGAGGAUAUUUCCCAGUACUGGUAACAUGUAAAAUGUGACAUUGAGGUUUUUGUUUGUUUCUUUUUUUCCUCAGGAAGUUUAUUCUGGUAAUUAAAAUAAGUAGGUUAUUCUGUAUAAAUAGUGAUCUGUCCCAGCCGUGGGGCAGCCAUGGCUCAGGUGGUCGAGCAGAUUGUUCACUAAUUGCCGGGAUGGCAGUUCAAUUCUAGACUCCUGUGGUUGGUAUAGUGUAGUGGUUAACACCUCCCCCACCAAGGCAAGCACCCUACACUAUACCAAUAAGAGUCCUUAGGCAAGACUCUUAAAACCACCUUGGCCUACCUGUGUAUAAUGAUGAAAUUGUAAGUCGCUCUGGAUAAGAGCAUCUGCCAAAUGUCAUAAAUGUCUCGGCAAGCAGCUGAAAAUUGUAUAUCAUCAACUUAAACAAAUGUUUAUAAAUGAGAUCUCGAACAAAUGUUUCUUGCAGCAUAAGAAAAUAAGGAAAUUUGACAUGUGAUACAAAAAUGUAUAUGAAUAUAUUUAGAAUAUAUAGCAGUAUGGACUGGUGACCCAUCCAGGGUGUUUCCCAGGGUUGACCGCUGGGAUAAGUUCCAGCUCCCCUGUGACCCAGAAGGAUAACUGGCUUAGAAAAUGUGUGUGUGUGUGUGUGUGUGUGUGUGUGUGUAUAUAUAUAGAAAUAUGUAUACAUGUUCUUGAGAUGUCUUUUUUUAAUGGCUGGAAUGUUUAAUGGAAAAUUGUGGCAAGAGAGAGUGUGUUCUUAGCCUUCUUCUGAAAUCUUCUUGUUCUAUUGAUGGUUUUGGACAAGCGCUCAGGGAAAAUAAUGCUGGUGCAUCGACACAAGCUUAGAGUUCAGAAAAAUAUUAAGCUCAGUGACUGCCAGAAAAAGUGGACAAGCUUAUCUGAAAAGGUCUCAAUUUAUAAGACUUUCAGGCAAACAAACAAACAAAUGAACAAAUAAAUAAAUAAAUAAAAAUUUGUCUAAUAGUGAAGAGAGAACUAGAUGAUUAUUUCAGUUUACAUAUUUACAGUUUACAUUAUUUCACAGAUUACAUAUAUAGUAUACAGUGUGCGUAUAUGUGUGUGUGUGUGUGUGUGUGUGUGUAAAAUCAUCAUACAUCAUAACUUCAGUUUCACUCACACAUACGUGUACCUGGCAAAACCUUUUGCAAGUGUACAGAUCUCAGAACAGGUUUCAGAGAGCAGUCUGUUCAUGCUACUACAAAUGUAAGCUAUGUGAAAAUGCACAUGGUGUGCUACACACAAUAGCACUAUUCUUAAUGAAAGCACAACAAAUGAAUCAUUUUUAAAUUGACUUUAUUUAACAGUAAUAUGUUGAGUCUUGAGCCCUAUUUCAGCUGGAUUUGUUUCACCAGAGAAUAAAUUUAAACUUUGCUCAACAGGACUUGCCAUACUGAGAAGUACCUUCACAUUUAAUUUCAUUCUCCAUCACUAAAAAUAAAAAUAUUUUAGAUUACAGUGGUCCUGUUUCGAAUUGGAGCUGUUUUAGCAGUUUACUUUGUCUCCAAGUCACUGAAAACAGAGGUGCUGUUGUCUGAUAGCAGGUUUUGUUUUGACAUUGCAUCCAGGUUGAUUUGAACAGGAUGACUCUUACUGAAGGAGCUUUUAGUUGUGCAAACUGUAUAAGGUAAAUUGCUACGGAAUUAUUAUUGUACAGAUUUCAAUGGUAAUCUCCAGUGAUGUAAUUCAUUACUUUACUCAAGAAGUUCUUUCAUGUAUCUGUACUUUACAGAAGUAUUUCCAUUUUAGGUGGAAAUUUUACUUUCAUUUUACUUUCACUCCACCAUAUUUCAAAGUCAAAUAUCUUUUUAUUCCACUACAUUAAGCAAAAUCUAUCAUUCCUUUAGGCUUAUGUGUGCAUAAAAAUCUAACUUGUCAAAAAAAGCUCAAGGCAAGUAAAAACUCCUUUGUGAACCUGUGUUUAAGGUUUUUUACUAAACGUGUAGCUAAGUUGCAGAUAAAUCUUAAACUGAAACUUGUUUGAUACUUGUUUGUAAAAAGUUAUUUUAGAUCCACUCAGUUCUACCUAAUGGAAAUUGUUUUCCAUCAGUGUUUUGUGCUUAUGAUAAUUAUGAUAAUAAUGAUUAUAUUAUGAUAAUAACUGAGAGUGACACUGGAGUAUUUUCACCUAAAAGGAGUUAAUGAAGCAAGAGUGUUGUUACAAAAUUGAUAAUAUGACAUCAGAGCCAUAAUUAAUCUUUUAGUACUUUUACUUUCCAUACUUAAGUACAUUUGAAGGCAAAUACUUUAGUACUUUUACUCAAGUGGAGGUCUAAAUUGAGGACUUUUACUACUUUUACUGGAGUAAUAUUUUACCUUGGGUAUCUCUACUUUAACUAAAGUACAUGAUUUGUGUACUUCAUCCACCACUGGCAGUCGCUCAAAUUCCACUACUAAAAGUUCAACAGUAUCCUGUGUAAAUUUACUACAGUGAUAUGUCAUAAAUCCAAGUUGCAAAAA